UGUUCCUGUCAAACAAAUGUCGACGGUCAACAAAACUAAAUUUUUUUGACAAAUAAGAAUUUUUGUUCGAUGGGUAAAAUAUAAAAUGCAAGAAAUAUUUUCGAGUUUUUGUUAAAUAUUUUUUAAAAAAUUAUAUAAAUUGUACAAAACAAAAUGCUUUGCAUUUUAUGUGUAAAUUUCCCCGAACAAAUAAUCGACAUAUUUAGUGAGGAAGGAUUUACUCUGAAUGUCUGCAGUGUGAUUGGCAAACAUUUUUGGAUGCAGCCAAAUAAAAACGAUGAAAAUGCGAGAUACAUCUGCGGAUCCUGCUGGAAUGCAUUGUUUUCAUUUCACAAAUUCUACAAACAAGUUGAGGAGGCGCACUUGUCUCUGCUAACAGCAGCUCUACCCGAAGAGGACUUUAAGCCCGAAGAUGAUCAGAUUGCUGUUGAAGUGGAAGUCCGACUAAUAGAUUCAUUUGAUUCCAAUGUGGAUUAUUCCAAUGCAGCUGUUAAGUUGGAGGUUAAAGAUGACGGAGAGAUUAGCUUGCCACCUAUCCAAGACUCUCCUGAAAUCGCAGUAAAACCCGAUGAAGACCAGAAAAUCGAAGAGCAUGGCCGAAAACUAUCAGUAAUCGAUGCAAGUGACUCGGACGACUCAGAGAUCCCGCUUGCACAAUUUACAAAAACUCGAUCCAAAAUAAAACUUCGCACCAAAUCCUCCAAUUCAACACAGUCCAGUAAUGAUGAUCAAGAAUCAUCAGCAGAAUGGCAAGACACUGGUGGUCAUGCUGAUGAUGAUGACGACGACGACGAAGAAGAAGAAGAAAGCGAGUUGGAAAUCAAACACAACAUCAAACCUAUACGAAAAUCACAGACUACAAAGAAACGUGGUCGACCACUCAAAGGCACUCUCCGAGAUACACCUCGAAAAGAAAUCGCUGUAGAACAAGUGAAGAAACGAAAACUCUCCCAUGAGUACGACGACAUCAUACAAAAGCACAUGAAACUGCAAUGUAAUAUUUGUCAAUUGACUUUGACAAACUUCUUCACAUUAAAGAAGCACUAUCGUAGCAAGCACAACGAACGAGGGUAUGCCUUUUGCUGUAGCAAGAAAUUUCUGAAACGUGGUGUGCUCGUCGAUCACAUUUACACACAUUUAAAUCCGGAACAUUUCAAGUGUGACAAAUGCGACAAGGUUCUUGCUGAUCGCCGAUGCUUAGAGGUUCACAUGAAUAUACACAGUGAGGAGAAGCAACGCAUCUAUCAAUGUGAUCAAUGCAACAAGAGUUUCUUUAAAAAGCCCCUGCUAACGCGUCACAUGCAUAUUCACAUACCUCAGGAGGAUCGAAAGUUCUGCUGUGAAGAAUGCAAGAAAUUCUUUCCGUCGAAUUACACGCUGCGCGCACAUAUCAACAACGUGCACCAAAAUGCAUAUGCCAAAAUCUGCGACCAGUGUGGCAAGUCGAUUCGUGGAAGGGAGGCAUUCCAAAGACAUUUGUUGGAACACGCUGGGGUCAGCAUACCUUGUGUGCAGUGUGACAAGUGUGGUGCGAAACUCAAGAACAAAUAUGGCCUCAAGCGGCAUAUGAAUGCAAUGCAUCCCGACACGACUGUGCCGCACGUGUGCAAUAUGUGUGGAAAAGUAGCCCCAAAUGCUCCCGCGCUACAAAGGCAUUACUAUUAUGUGCACAAAUGUGAGCGUAGUCACAAGUGUCCCAUGUGUGAUAAAGCAUUUAAAAAAGCUGCAGGAUUAAAGGAACACAUGACAACGCAUACUGGUGAAGUUCUCUACACGUGUCCACAUUGUCCGAAAACAUUUAAUUCAAACGCUAAUAUGCAUUCCCAUCGCAAGAAAAUGCAUCGCAAAGAAUGGGAAGAAAACAGGAGGCAUCCUCACAUGGGAGCAAGUGCAAAUGCAAUAGCAAACGCAAGUGCAAAUGCCAAUGCGAGUGCAAAUGCCACCGAAGCGAAUAACCAGCAGUACCAAAUUAUAUUAAAAAUAACUAAACCUGCCCAAUUCGAGAGGUUGAUUGAGGUUCUGCAGCAGAAACCUGAGCUGGCCAGAGGCAAGGGACAAUUCGGUUCCACAAAAAGAACCCAAGACGAAAAAUGGGAAAAUAUAGCUGUUCAACUGAAUAGCAUUGGACCACCAUCAAGAACAGCGAAAGAAUGGCAAAGAGUAUGGAUCCAUUACAAGGGAAAUUUAAAAAGAAAGCUUACCAACAACAAGCUAAAUUUGAAAACCACAGGGGGUGGUACAUCACAGCAUAUAAGUUUAACCAAUCUGGAAGAGAGCGUGGUUGGGUUGAUUGAACUGCAAAAAUCAGUGAAUCCAAUAGGAAGCGCAUGUGGGCUGAACACUUUAAGAUCCUCAUCCUCACCUUAUCUGUGCAGCAACGGUGACGAUGAUAACUUUUCACCACCUGAAGAGGAAUCAAUUGGACCUAAAAUUUUAGAAAUUCAAAAAUUCAAUUUAAUAUUUCGCAAAAUGCUUUGCAUUUUAUGUGUUAACAAAUGUUCUGCUCAAAUAAUUGAUAUAUUUAGUGAAGAAGGAUUAGAAUUAAAUAUAUGCAGCAUAAUAAGUAAACAUUUUUGGAUCCAGCCAAGCAAAGAUGACAAAAGUUUAAAAUUCAUUUGUACAUCUUGCUGGGAUAGCUUGCAUUCUUUUCACAAAUUUUUUAAGCAAGUUGAAGAGGCUCAUUUGACUUGGGUUACAGAUAUUAAAUUAGAACAUGAUAUUAAAGAUGACAUCGAGAACACCUUUCCAUUGCUAGACACUGCUCUCAGUAUUGAACUCCAGACAACCACUGGUGAGGUCACACAAACAUCACAAUAUUCUGAGAACUUCGAAAAAAGAGAAGACUCAGACUCUGAAGUUCCACUUGCGGUUUUAAAGAAGAACUCUAAAACAAAACCAAAUACAACUAUAUCGAGUAAUGAUGAACCUGAAUCAUCAGGAGAGUGGCAAGAUCAAAACUCAGAUGUAGACGGCGACGGCGAUGGGGAUAAUAAUAACGACGACGAUGAUGAUUCUGAUGAAGAUGAUGACGAAGAAGACGACAAACCUAAAGAUAAAAAACAAAAAACAACAACCAGUCCAAAAGCACAAACAACGACUGCGAAAAAACGUGGCCGUCCCCUCAAAGGUACACCAAGAAAAACAACACCCAAGCAGGUCUCUGAUGAGCUUAUCAAAAGGAAACAACUCUCGCAAGAGUACGAUGAUAUUAUACAGGAACAUAUGAAGCUUUCGUGUGGCAUUUGUCUCAUCAAUCUGACGAACUUUUCGACCCUCCGGAAACACUAUCGCACUGAGCACAACAAGCGGGGAUACGCCUCCUGCUGUGACAAAAAAUUCCACAGUAAAAGUAUCCUCGUCGAUCAUAUCCAUACUCAUUUGGAUCCGGAUCGUUUCAAGUGUCCGAAAUGCGGCAAGGUAUUAGCCGAUCGACGAUGCUUGGAAGUUCACAUGGACAUGCAUAUUGAGGAGAACAAGCGGGUAUUUCAGUGUGAGAAGUGCAAUAAAAGCUUCUCUAAGGAAAUACUGCUCACACGUCAUAUGCACAUUCAUAUACCCGAGGAAGAGCGGAAGUUUCCUUGUGAGGAAUGCAAUAAACUUUUCUCAUCGAGUUACACACUAAAAGCGCACAUCAACAACGUCCACCAAAAUACUUAUGGAAAGAUUUGCGACCAGUGUGGAAAGUCCAUACGCGGUCGAGAAGCAUUCCAGAGGCAUUUGCUGGAGCAUGCUGGCAUUCCAGUUCCGGGCGAACAAUGUGAUAAAUGUGGAGCUAAAUUGAAAAAUAAAUAUUGUCUCAAGCGACACAUCAGUGCCAAACAUGCUGAUUUGAAUGUACCACAUGUCUGCAUCAUUUGUGGUAAAACUGCACCCAAUGAACCUGCGUUACAGAGGCAUUAUUAUUACGUGCAUAGGUGUGCCCGUAAUCACAAGUGUCCCAUGUGUGAGAAGGCAUUUAAAAAAGCAAGUGGCUUGAGGGAACACAUGACCACUCAUACUGGAGAAGUUCUCUACACAUGUCCCUAUUGUCCGAAGACAUUCAACUCAAAUGCCAAUAUGCAUUCCCAUCGCAAAAAAAUGCAUCGCAAAGAAUGGGAGGAGAACCGCCUAGCAGCUGCACAAAAUUUAUAAUUCAAUUCAACUAAGAAGGAGUCUUGUCUUAAAUAAUAUGUUUAUGUUGUGUUCUCUUUGUCUUUUUUUUUCUUAUGUUAUCCCAUUAGACUGAUAAUAAUACAUUUAGGCAGAAUAUAAGGUAAAAAUGUUACCCCGUGGAUGUUGUGAGGGGAGUUAGAAACAACACGCACUACAUAAGCUGUGAAAAUAAUCAUUUAGUUGAACAUUGUAAGUUUACCGUUUUAAUAUUAAAAAACUUACUUGUGUAUGUUAUUAUUUCAUUUGUUCUAAUUUAAGACGAAAAAAUAAAAGUGAAAUAAAAUGCGCCCUAUGUCGCUUUAAGUUGUAA